UAUUUGCCUCCCAAAAUAGGUCGCAAACACAAAGCUCACCGCCAGCAGCUGCAGCAAGGUAAGCGUUGGUGCAAGGGCGAGAAAGGUGAAGGAAAGCGAAAAGGCAAGGGAGGAAGGGGCAAGAUGGGACAAGACCAGUCCAUUCCUCUAGUGGAUGAGAACACCCCGACACAGACGCUCGAAAACCGGUCUGUGGAGGCUGUUGCUAAAUACAUCAAGGAUGGACGCGCUCGACGGAUUGUCGUCAUGACUGGCGCGGGAAUCAGUACUUCAGCAGGAAUUCCUGAUUUUCGGUCUCCAGAAACCGGUCUUUACGCCAAUCUCGCGCGCCUAAACCUCCCGUAUGCAGAAGCGGUCUUCAAUAUCAGCUACUUCCGAAGCAACCCCCUCCCGUUUUACACACUCGCACAGGAGCUGUACCCCGGGAAUUACAGGCCUACAAUUACUCACUCGUUCAUCAACCUGCUACACCAGAAGGGGUUGCUGCUGAAGUUGUUCACGCAGAACAUUGACUGCCUAGAGCGGGAAGCAGGGCUGCCCGACGACAUGAUUGUGGAGGCACACGGUAGUUUUGCCAAACAAAGCUGCAUCGAAUGCAAGACCCCCUACCCCGAAGAACUCAUGAAGAAAGCCAUCCGCGAAAAGAGUGUACCCCGCUGCCUGUCUGACUCAUGCGACGGCCUCGUGAAACCCGAAAUCGUCUUCUUUGGCGAAUCCCUUCCUGAAGAGUUCUUCAUGAACAGGCAUUUACCCAGUCAGGCGGACCUCUGCAUUAUAAUGGGGACGAGUCUGAGCGUCCAUCCUUUCGCGGGGCUGCCGCAAUUGUGCGCGGAUGAGACCCCCAGAGUCCUGAUAAACCAGGAUCAGGUUGGCGAGGUAGGAUCAAGGACAGAUGACGUACUCUUGUUAGGAGACUGCGAUGAUGGUGUCAAGAGGCUUGCAGAAGCUUGUGGGUGGCUUGAAGAGCUUGAAGAGAUGUGGAGAAGGACCGCCCCAGAGAAGGCAAAAGAGGAGGAGAAGCCAAAGAAGACCCGAGAUGAAGAAUUGGAGGAUGAGGUCGAGAAGCUUACGAGGGAGGUCGAGCAGAGCCUGAAGCUGGGCGAGGCACAAUACAAGUGGUUGGAGAAUCACGUCGACAACAAGCUCUCCCGGUUACAGGAGGAGGAGAAGAACGGAACGCUACCGGAAUCCGCGACCACCGAACCGGGGAAGAAGGGAGAGCAGGGAGCACCUAGUAUUACACUGAAGCCAGAAACUGCUCCAAAUGAGUCCAACGGCGAUGUGUUGAAGCUCUCGUCCCUACUUCUAGAGAAGAAGUCGUCACCUUGA